AGUCUCAGACAGAAGACAACUACAAGACUUAUCUCUGUCACACAGCUUCUGGCCGAGCCAUCCGACUGCUGGUUUAUCUGCUCCGAAACACACCCUCUCACUGGGGAAGUGUCACUCCGCACCCCCCCUCCACCUCCUCAUUCCUGCUGACUCCCUGUUCUCCUCUCUCGCCUCCUCGUCGCCUCGCUCUUCUUUGGAUGCCAGUAGCUUCUAGUCAUGGAGCAGACAACAGUCACACACCAGCCCGGGCUGUCGGUCACCAAUGACUCAGCAUCAGCAGAUCAAGAGGAGGAAGUGGGGGGCUUCACCGCAGGAAGUGAAGAUGACUCGAGGUCAAAUGAUGUCCCUGCAGCGACGGACCCGGUACUCACGCAGCCCGGCCUCGGUGUCACCACGACAACCAUCACCACCAUCACACAGACGGGAGGAGGCUGGAGCACAGGCCUGUUUGACGUCUGCGGAGACAAGAUGACAUGUAUUCUCGGGGCUCUGGUGCCGUGUUGUUUGGACCUGAGUUUAGCUCACCAGUAUGGCGAGUGUCUGUGCAUGCCUCUGCUACCAGGAUCCACUUUUGCCAUGCGAGUUGGGAUCAGGGAGCGGUACAAGAUACGGGGAAGUGUGUGUGAGGACUGGACCACAGUGUGUUGCUGUUAUCCUCUGGCUGUCUGUCAGAUGAUCAGAGAGAUGAAGCGGAGGAUGAAGACACAGACCUAUCAUGUGUCCACCGCCCUCGAAUCCUCCUGAAGAAACUCUACACAGUCAAUGAAGCCUGUCCUUUUACUAUGCAACCGAGACCGGCGAGGGCCAGCUGAGAUCACUCGUACUGUAUGAAUAGCACAAAAAAAAAAUCAAUACUAUAACAUUUUAAAUACCCCUGGAGAUACCUUGGACAAUGAGUCAAGCCCAUCCUACACAUUUAAAGAAGACUGGAAAGGACACACUUUGAUUAAUAGCAUAAACGGCAAAAAGAAUCACAGCUGUAACGUCUCAAUCAGUGUGCAGGGCUUAAAACAGUCUUGGAGGUUGUUAUACUCUGACUGAAACCUGCAUUUAAACUGCUGUUGGACCGUUCUGGAGAAGAUAUUGUGCAGGUAACAAUAUUCUGCUUUCCUUGCAGAGGCAGAGACACAUCAACUCCCCGCAUUCUGAGACAGGAGAGAAGCAGGUGGCAAGGCGCACGCUUAUUUGGUUUCAGUAGCUGUCACUGUCAGCAAACAGCACUAAACAUCUGGCACAACUCUCAGUCACACACUGGAAACUUUCAGAAAGCAGACAGCUUUUUAAAAUUCUGAAUAUGUUUAUAUACAUGCAGCUUGUUCUAUCUCAACCCCAGAACAGGCAGUGCUCCAACUACUGAAACUGACGUAUCUUUUUUGAUCAUCUUCAUCAGGAUAUAACCAUAAUCGGAGCCAUUAAACCCAGUUUGUACAUAUUGUUGAACAUUUUGAUUCCUUGUGGCAUGAUUGCAUCACUGACAGAUUUCUGUAAAAGUCUGAAAUAACAUUUUCUUGGUCACCACUAGUAGCAUAGAGUAGGUUUUAAGUUGACAGCAUAAUCAUUCUAAACGGGCCCCUUUGUAUUUCCUGUUGCAAUGAUUCUUAAUACAGUAGCUGACAGGAAACAAACAGGGGCCAAAGCUGUUUCUGUGGCAACAGAAUAGCAAUGAAAAGGUCCAUCUUUAUUUGAAACAUCAGUCUGAGAAACUUCUGCGGCCACUUUUGUUUGUGCCGCUCACAAUGAUAAAAACUUAAAAGCUGUCUGUGCUGUAGAUAUUCAGCGAAGCUCUCUGACUAUUCAUAGGGACAAUUUCUCCAGUAGAAAGUGGCACAAAUGAAGUGAAUGUGAUUUGGGUGAACCAGCCCUUUCAUUUUGUCUCGCACUCCAAAGGUCACCAGACGUUGUGUUCGGUCCCUCACAGACGCACGGGGAAGAUGAAGUGAUUAAACAUAAAACUUUCUAGACCUUGAGGCACACAUCGUGAAACAGGGACAUAACUCAACAUCAGGGACAAUAUCUAUAAAUCAGACUGUUAAAUCUCAUUUUCAGCAUCAUGUUUAAAUCCGAGCAAAGCCAGAGAGGCACAGAGAAGCCCAGUCAGCUGUGUUUGAUAUUAGCUGUCAUUUGGUUUUCAAAGGAUUUCGAGAGUUGUUUUAUUUAUUUGUGAGCCGGUCCUUUCAGUAUGCAGAACCACUUGUCUGAUUACCCGGCAAACAGGCUGCGGCAUAGCUCCGAUUACAGUCAACAGUUCAAGUACAGUCUGAUGAUAAUAAAAGGCCAUUUCCAUAUUUCUGAUAUUCUUUUAUCCUUCUGUUUCUUAGUUCACCUCAGGCAUUCAAUCUUAUUAUUAAUCCAGCCCUGAUUGCUGUGGUUCCCUGAACCCCCAAAUGCCAACCAGAGAGAGUGGAUGUGGAAAAUGUUAUUUCGACACAAAGUUGGUCGGGUCCUCUAAGGGCAAAUGUGUAAUUUGUUAACUCUCAUGGAUGUGGGCCCCUACCUGCAGCUGCCUCAAAUGAAAUGGGGGAAAAGAGAAAGCUGGUUUGGUGUGGAGGGAUGUGAAUAAUAACAUUUAAUCAUAUUUUGCAUACUGUACAGUACACUGCACAUUUAAAGGACUUAAUCUGCCAAAUGAAAAUAAAUAUUUUUGAAUCAUUGCAA